UUGAUAUUGAAUACCUAAAGACCUUCACUUUAUGUGGCUGUUUAGAAGUCAUGAACUUAAAACUAAGCUUUAAAAAUUUCUGGAUAUCCGCACUUAAUAAAUACCCUCAUUAUGUGUAUAUGGUACCUCUAACGUCAGUAUGUGUAUACUUAUCGAUUAAAAAGCAUAUCCAUAGAUGUGCUCUGGGACCAGAAGAAGCCUAUAAGUAUAAAAAAAUGUACGUAGUUAAACGAGCUGAAGAUGUUGAAUUAACUGAGAGCAAUGCACACCUGUACAACUGACCAGCGACCACACAGUGUUUCAUGUUCACUUUAGCUUUGGCACUAGAAUAAAAAGUUUCGUGAUGUUAAA